GCUUCACAUGGAUUCUUCUGUAGCACUGAGCCCUGAAUUUGUGAUGGUUGGAAGCAGCAGACACACACCCCAGGUGGGCUUUUUAUAUUUCAUUGUCUGGGCUGAACAGUUCAAUGACAUUCAGAAAUAAAAAGAAUAAUCUAUGUUAAAAAAUGGGCAGCUAAUUAAACUGAUUAAAUAUGGAAAUCCUCACUCUGCCCGCAGGGGAGGCUGACUGUAGGAGAGGGGACACUGGGACAAAAUAAAUUUGUCUCCAUCCCUCUUUUAUUGGAUUUAAAGCUGGAAGAACCCAGUCAACCCUUCCUAAGUCCCAGCCUGGUGCUCCCAGCAGCUUUUUACCUUUUAAUUCUCAUUUCCUUGGGGGCAAAUCCAUCCCAGCCAAGGCCCUGCCUGAUGACUUAUUCAGGGUGUUUGCAAAAGGCCUCAGCUGCAUUAAAAUUUCAUCCCCUGCCAGGAAUGGCUUUUAUUAAAGCACUUUUUUCUUUUGGAAAAUGACUUUUUUCCCCCUUUUUUUUUUGCAGAAAGGGCAAGGUUGGAAGAAGCCCUCAGAGGGGUUUGGGGGCUGGGAUGGGCGUUGGUUUAAUUUAGGGAGCAGGGAUGGAUUAAUUUCAUAAGAAUUUAGCAAUUGGAAGGAUUAGGAGCUCUCCCCUGCAGCCCAGGAAAAAGUCAACCCUUUUUCUUCCUUAUUUUUAAAUCCAUGCAGAAAAUAGAGAGAAAUAUUGGGGUGCUGCUUUCCCUGCUGCACUUAAAGCAUGAAAAACCCCAAAUACACAAAGUUUGCUCUCAGCUUUAAGGGAAAAAAUACCAAAAUAAAGCAAGGAAGCCCCAGGGUGCUCCUGGGGAAUCCCACAGCUCCCCUGGCACCCUCCAGGGAUGGGGCAGCCUGGAAAGGCUGGAAUCCCAUCCCCUGCUAAGUGCCUUUGGCUGGCUGGAGAGAAUUUGUUAUCCCACUCACCCACCAAGUUUUCCCCUCCUGUCCUGGGGGAAUUGGGUUUUUCCAGGAGAAAAUCCUGCUCUGGCUCUCCUUGGCUCCGAGGGGUGCUGUGGGUGCUGGCAGUGCUGCAAUUGAUGGAUUAAAGGAUAUUUCUGAAACACAAGGAGCUGGCGUGGUUUCUGGUUUUGUAUUUUGCUCCUGGUUGUUGGUCCCACUUGGAGCCUCCUGCAGGUGGAUUUUUGAUUCCCAAAAAGCAUAAACUCUCUCCCACAGGAUGCCAGGCUGGGAAUUGUUUCCCAGCUGGUCUCAAUCCACAACAUCCCUUAAUAUUUUUAAGUCCCACUCUAAACCCACCUGUGCCUGGAGAGCCUGAAAUGCUGCAUUAAAUAAAGAACAAGCCCCAAAUGCUCCUCCUGCCUGAGGCAAGGUCCUGCUGAUGGGAAUUCCUCCACCCCUGGGAACUGGGAUGAGCUUUAUGAGGCAGCUGCUUCCUGGCAGGGAAGCCCUGUGGUUUGGGUCCCCCUUUUUGGGAUUUUCUGCCCUUUUUUAGGCUCCUCCUCUCCAGCAGCUCCUGGGUGUGCUGAGCAGCCUCUGCCCGGACACAGAGGCACCACCAUGGGCUGGGAGCGUGGAAAAGAGGAGAAGCUGUGGCUGUCCCAUCCCUGGGAGUGCCCAAGGCCAGGCUGGACAGAGGAAGGUGUCCCUGCCAUGGGCAGGAUGGAUGAUUUUAAUGUCCCUCCCAACACAAAACAUUCCAUAAUCCCCUCAAAACCACACACAUGGCUUUUCACUCUUCUUUUUCACCCUCCAGACGAGCAGCACUGACAGCAAAGGCAGCUCGGAUGGGACACUUCGGGGUGGGGGACAUUCCCUGCGUGUGUCCCCUGUCCCCAGCCCAUUCCAGGCCAUCCCUGAGCCUCACCCCCUGCCAGGGAGGGUGCACAGCUCCCAGAUUUUCCCUCUCCAAAGCAAAGCCCCUCCAGGCCGGGGAGCUCCCUGGGCUGGAGCUGACGUCCCUCCCGCUUCCCCGCACAUCCCACGCCUCCCCCCGGGCAGUUUCUCUUCCCUCUUCCCAUAAACCAAAGGAAAGCCUCAAGUGCAGGGCUCUCUUCCUCCUCUGCUGCUCCAGGGGUGAGCAGGGACAUCUGUGUGCCCACAGCACAGGGACCUUUCCAAUUCAAAUGGGAUCAAACUGGCUCAAAUCUGCUUUUCCAGUCCCUCUGUGGGAUCAGCCCUUCCCUCUUCCCUCAGAUCAGCUCCUUCCCUGGGAAAAUGUAAUUUAAAGUCUCUUGGCUGUGGAGAAGACAAAAAAUAAGGGUGGAUGGAAAAGAAUUUAUCCCAGUUUUUGGUGGUGCCACAGGUUCUGACCCAUCCUAGCCCAUCCUGCUGCAUGGAUUUUGGAGUUUGAUGCCAGGCUGGGAUUGCUGAUGGAGAAAUUGCCACGGAGGGCUGGGAGCAAAGCCCAGGCACCAGGGUGAUGGUGGGCACAGCCUCCCAAGGGAAGCAUUUCUGGGGAAGAAACGCACCUUAAAUAGAGAGUGAAGCAUCCUCAUCUGUCUGAAAAACGGGAAUUGCAGUUCUGCAUGGAUCUCUGGGGCUGUUCCAGGCAGCUCAGCUCAGCUCAGCUCAUCUCUCCUCUGCCCUCCUGUGCUUCCAGGCAGGGCUGUGGCAGAAGGAAUUUUCCCAGGUGGAACUGGGGAAUCCCACAGCAGUGGGAUGGGGCAGCCUGGAAAGGCUGGAAUUCCAUCCCCUGCUAAGUGCCUUUGGCUGGCUGGAGAGAAUUUGUUAUCCCACUCACCCACCGCUGGUGUUCCUCUCCUGUCCUGGGGGAAUUGGGUUUUUCCAGGAGAAAACCCUGCUCUGGCUCUCCCUGGCUCCGUGUUCCACCAUGGACAAAGGGCUGACACCCAGACACCAGUCUGGGAGAGUCCCUCUGGGUGCUGAGGGAAUUCUGCUGGAAUAACCACAGGGAGUGACCCAGGGCAAGAACCAGAGCUGGCACGUGGCUCUGCACCCCCAAACCACACAAAGAUGGAUUUUUGGGAGUGGGGAAGGGAUCCCCAUUGCUGGAGCUCUGGAUGCUGGGAAUUUCAGACUUUCUGUGCUGACAGACUCCGACCCCCAGGAGAGAACUGCACUGACCUGAGGCUGUGGAGAAGGAUCCCAAAACGGAAUGAUAACACUAGAAUUACAAGUGUGUAGUUAAUUAAAAGUGUGUAAUGUUACAAAGUAGAAAAUUUCAAGUUUAAAGUUUUAGAAUAUAAUAAUCUAUAUAAAACAAAAUAAAAGUUUUAAACCAGAAAUCAGUCCUUCUUCUUCACCUUCUUCUCCCUUCUUCUUCAUAAGUUUGAGUAGUAUUUUGUAAUUAAACAGAAAAAUCUGCAUUGUGGACUUUAAAUGAUUAGUUAUUAAGUUAAAAAUAAAACCAAUUUAAGUAUCAUUUCUUAAUUAGAUAGUUUAACCUUAAAAAACCUUAUAACAAAAGAUUGUUAACCAUUUUGUACCUUGUUGGUGAAGAGCUACAGAACUCACUACCUGUAAGACUGAAACAUAAAUGAAAAUAAUGAACACCUGAGGCUAAACACAAUCUCAGAUACCUUCAAUCCCAAUAAUAACUAUAGAAAAAAAUUUUAAAGAUAGAAAAUUUUAAAGACAGAAAAAAUUUUUGAUUGAAAAUUAAGAUUGAAAAUUCUUUUCAAUCUUAAAGAUAGGAAAAAACUGGAAUGAGGGGAGGGGACUCAGCCCUGUGUGCAUGGCCAGGGACAGUUUGGGAUGGGAGAUGGCACCAGGGCUGGGCAGCCCUUUCCAGGCUGCUCCCAGCAGCUCAGCCCACCUGGAAUGGUUUGGGAUUGCCACGAAGCCCCACAGCUGGAUGGGAGGCACGUCUGGAUACGGCAAAAAGGGAUUUCCCCUCCAGGCUGGGGUUUCUUUGUGUUGCAUGUUUGUGUUUGGUGUGUUUCUGGUUUGUUUCUGCUCGCAGCCAGCUCCAGCUGGGGAAAUGCCCUGAGCUCUGCAGCUCCCCGUGCCCAGCUCACGGGGUUUGAGUGAAACCCUUUCAUUUUCUGCAGCAUUUGCAUCAAAUGCAGGGUUUAUUUUUGCCACAGAAGCCACAGGGCAGGAGGGAUCUCCCGGGCUCUGCCAGUCCUGCACGGGCAGCAGCUGCCCCUGGGAGGAGGGGGAGCCCUGGAUGUCACCCACGUCCUGGCAUGGGAUAAACCAGGGUAUUCCUGUGGGGCCACGUCACCCAGAGCAGAGCUGGGAGCCCUCCCCAGCCCCAGGAAUCAUCCCCAAAUCAGGAAUCAUCCCCAAAUCAGGAAUGGUUUGGGUUGGAAGGGAAAUGUCACCUCGUUCCCAUGGCAGGGACACCUCCCUCUGUCCCAGGUGCUCCAGCCCCAGUGUCCAGCCUGGCCUUGGGCACUGCCAGGGAUCCAGGGGCAGCCCCAGCUGCUCUGGGAUUCCACGCCAGCCCCUCCUCACCCUCCCAGGGAAGGAUUUCCUCCCAAAUUCCCAGCUGGCAGAGGGAAUCCAUUCCCCCUGUGGCUUUCCUGUUCUCCUUGUUUUAGUGGGAAGGACUAAAGGUCCCUUCCCCAGCUUCCCCACAGAACUCUGGCAGCUCUAACCUGCUUUAGCUCAGCUCCUCCCAUCCCUAAUUGCACUCAUUCCCUUUUUCUCCUCACCACGGCACAGCAAAACCACAACCUUUGGCCCUGCAGGGUGAAUUCCUGCCAGGAGAGUGCCCAGCAUGCAGGAGGAGCAGUGAAAUCCGGGGCACAGCAUUCCCGGGGGUCACUCCUGCCAAGCCCACGGCCCUGGGACAGGAUCCCAGGGAAUUCCGUGCCCGUUGGUCACCCCAGAGCUCCCAGGUGGCCCCAGGCUCUGAGCUCUGCAUCUCCUGGGCUUCCUCAGCUGCUGGCCUGGCACAGCUUGGAGGAUUCCAUCAUUAAUGGCACUUGGGAAAUGAGGGUACAUCAAGGAAAUGCUGGAAAAAAUCUCCCUGACCAGCUCCUGCUCAUCCAAGAUCGGAUUUCUUUCUUUUCUCCACCUGCAAAGCCAGCGUGAGGUGAAAGAGCAAAUGUGACCCCAACAAGGACAAAAUUCCUGCUUUUCCCAUCCCUGCUGCAGCACCCCCAGCCAGGAGGUGACGGGGGGGAUGAGGAGCAGAAAAAGCACCCAGAGCUGAGAAAUUCUGUCAAGGGUGAAAACUGAAAGUGAGAGAGAAAGAGCUCCCCGAAAGUGCCACGAAACCACGGGCACAGCUGGCAUCCCUCCUUGCUCACCCUCAGCUUUGGGCCAGGCCCCGGGAGCAUGAGCUCACAGGAUUCCCAAAUUUCCAGGGGCAUGCAGCUCUCCCUGCUGGUGCUUCCUGGAGGUUUUUAUUCCUCUUAAUUCUGUGGAAAUUUAAAACAAACCCCACAGGGCUGAUGGACCCACAGGGAGCCAUAAAAUCCUGGAAUGGGUUGGGAAAGGACCUUAAACCCCAGUUCCAUGGGCAGGGAAUGGGAAUAAUCCUGAAUCUGUGGGCACAGCUGUGGUGUUCCUCCGUGUUUAUUCCACAGAAUCAUUAAAUCAUGGAAUGGUUUGGGGUUUUGGGGUGGAAUGGACCUCGAAAAUCAGCCAGUUCCACCUUCCCCUAUCCCAGGGUGCUCCAAGCCCUGUCCAGCCUGGCCUUGCACACUUCCAGGGACAGGGAAUCCUCAAUUUCUCUGGGAAUCCAAAAUCUCUCCAGGCUGGGGCCUCCCCUCCCCGAUCUCUGCUCCUCCCAAAUCAGUGGGAGAAAUUCCCUGCCCCAAAAGCACCCUGGGGGCUUUUUAGGGAAUCCCAGCCCUGACCCAGGGGUGGCUUCACCCCUUUCCCAGGAUGAAUCCCUUCCCCUGGAGAACUGCCAGGAAUCCAGGAGCCAGGAACCAGCAAGGAUCGUGGGGAAAUCUCAAGAAUUCUGGUGGCAACUGGAAAAAAAAAAGAGCCAAGAGAUGCAGGAGACUGAGCCAGGAUUUUAGAGGUCCCAGCACCCCAAGAAAGCUCCAGAAACAACAUUUAACCAGCCCCUGAUGAAAUACCAGCAAGAGCAGAGGUUUGGGAUUAGGAAUUUCAGGGAAUUCCAUGAGGAAUCAGAACCAACAGCCACAAAAACACCAGGAAAGUUUCUCCUGAACCUUUUUUCCCCUAUGGCUCCCCGGAGCCAUCAGUUCCCAACCCAAAUCAGGAACAGCUUCUGUCAGUGAGGCUCUUCUGGUGAUAAAGCUGACAUUGGAUCUUCCCAAAAAAUGAUCCAGAGGCAAAUAAAUGAUUCAAUAUUCCACAAGUUCUGUGAGUGGCAAAUAGGAUCAGACCCCUUUUAUUUAUUGCAUCCAGAAAUCCCAUUCCAUGAGAUAUUUUCUCAUUUUUUAAUGGAGCAGUGACCUCUGUCUCCAGCUGCCUGUCAGCCUGGGUGGGACUGAAUCACCCUGCAGCUUUAAUUUCUAUUUCUCUGUAAUUCUUGCUUAAUCAGAGCUGUAAAAUUAUUGCCAUUUCCAGUGCCAGGCAAUAGGGCUGCCCUACAAACAACCAAACCCUUCCCACUGAGGAUGGCACGAGCGACUCCAGGACCUUCCCAAAGGGUUUGGAGCCUGCUCCUGAGGACUAUCCAUCUAACUUUAACUUCCAGGAGAAGCAGCCCCCCACAGCUGGCAGGAAACAUCCCUACACCUCAUUUCCCUCAAGGCAAGGGUGAUGCCCACCACUCUUACCUGGAAACCUUUGGUGCCUUGGCCAAAACGAAGCCAAAAACUCAAUUUCUGUUCAUUGGAGGGAGAGAAGGCGAGACUGAAAGGAGAGGCAGGACAUUUCCAGGAACCUCCCGCUUUUUCAGCAGAGCGAGGCUGGAGCUGAUCCCAUUUCUCAUCUCUCAACUCCCCAGGCCUCAAAACCAAACUGAGCCCAGGGGCUUUGGGGCUUUUCUCACCGGGUUUCUUUCUGAUCUGUGCUUUCCCUUUCUGCCUCAAGCAGGAUUUUUGGGUAUUGAUCUGGGUGAGGGCAGAGCCCGGAGCAGGGAUUCCCCGAAUUUUGACUGCAUUAGAUCAAAUCUAAAUUUACAGAGACCCAGAACAGUCCUUACUUUUCUCUGGAGGAUAAUUCCAACAAAAGGAAUUUCUGUUUGAAAUACAGGCAGUGGAAUCAUAUUUUCUCGUUGAAAAAUCAUAGAGCUGCUAACACUUGUCUAAUUUAAUAGUUAUAUAUUAUACAUAUAAAAAUAUAUAAAGUUAUAAAUUAUAUCUAUAUAAUAGAUGUGAUAUUUGUUAUCUAUAUUGUCCAUAUAGCUCUAUUUUCUAUAUUAUCUAUAUUAUCCACAUUACAUGUACUAUAUGUAUUAAAUUUACUGUAUUUAUUAUAUUUAUUAUAUUUAUUAUAUUAUAUUAUAUUGGGCAGGCCCUGGCACAGGGUGCCCAGAGCAGCUGUGGCUGCCCCUGGAUCCCUGGCAGUGCCCAAGGCCAGGCUGGACACUGGGGCUUCAAAUAACCUGGGACAGUGGAAGCUGGAACUGGGUGAGCUUUAAUGUCCCUUUCAACCUAAAAAAUGCCACGAUUUUAUGAUUCCAUGAAAUAAACACAAAGGAGCAUCACAGAUCAUUAAUUAUUCCCAUUCCAUUUCAGCGUUGCUUCCCAUUCCUCUGGGACUGCACUUGCUCAAGGAAUAAUUCUUAUUUAAAUAGAUUAUAAUGUAUAAAACACAUCCUUUUGCUCUAAUGUGAUUAAUAUAAAUAUUAAUUAUCAGGAUUUUUCAUUCAGGCUAAGCCAGGUCAAGCAGAGGGUGCUUUGAGGUGAAGGAGGAGAAGAUGGAUUUCUUCUUCCCUUGGGAAAAAAAUUUCCACUCACCAGAACUGAAAUCCUGGAAUGGUUUGGGUUGGAAGGACCUUAAAUCCCAUUCUGCCACGGCAGGGACAGCUCCCACUGUCCCAGGGUGUUCCAAACCCAUCCAGCCCGGCCUGGGCACUGCCAGGGAUCCCAGCAAGGAUCCCAGGAGAGAUCUGUGGGAUAUCAUCAGGACACAUCCCAAAUAAACCCAAAUCCCAGCCCAGCCCUGACCCUGCUGGGAAACCUCGUGUCCUGCUGGGAGCAGGGACUGAGAAACCUGGAAAGCCAAAACCUUUCAGGAACAGCCCCGCUGCACAUCCCAAAAUUCUCUUUCGCUUUUGGCUCUCGGAAGCCGCGGCUCCUCCACGAGCUGGAAACCACAGCCCACGGCGAAGUGAGGGGGCAGGAGUGGAAAACACAGAGAGAAAUUGGAAAAUGAGGCACUGCUGCUAGUGGGGCUAAAAGAAGUCUCAGGACACGCCACAGGCUUCUUAUAGGAAACAGUGAAAAUACAAAGAACCUGAAAAUGCAAUAUAAAACUCUUGAUUCAUCCUGCUCCCUUCCAGUUUGACAGCAAAAAUCCCAGUGACUUCAUGGCAGUCCCAAGCACAGAAAAGUUUUCUGCAGCCUUUUGGGGCAGCUGAGAAUGGCCAUGAAAUUGAAAUAUUUGUUGAUUUAUCCAAAUAUUUCUGCAAAAUCAAACAUUCAGGCAGGUUUUCACAAACGUUCACUAGUGAGAGUUUGUCAUUGGAGAAUCAGAGAAUCAUGGAAUGGUUUAGGCUGGAAAAUAUCUCAAAGUUCAUUCAGUCCAGCCAUCCCCAGCCCUGCCAAGGCCACCCUGAGCCCUGUCCCCAAGUGCCACCUCCCCAGGGCUUUAAAUCCCUCCGGGGAUGGGCACUGCCCUGGGCAGCCCCUUCCAGCCCUUUCCAUGAAGGAAUAUUCCCUGAUAUCCAACACGAGCUCCUCUGGUGAAACCUGAGGCUGUUUCCUCUUGUCCUGUCACUUUUCCCUGGAGAGGAAAGCAGGAUAAAGGAUGGAAAUGGGAAAGCUGGAGAUGAUUUCCAAGGGAUGGAGUGACAGAACAGAGAGGGAACGGCUUCAAACUGUGAGACGAGGAGGUUUAGGUGGGAUUUUGGGAAGGAAUUCCUGGCUGGGAGGGAGGACAGGCCCUGGGAUGGAUUCUCAGAGCGGCUGGGAUCCCCUGGGUCCUGCAGUGCCCAGGGCCAGGCUGGCACAGCGGAAUCCCCGCCGCUGGAAUGAGAGGGUCCUUAGGGUCCCUUCCAGCCCGACCCAUCCCACGACGCUGUGAUUCCGUGGAAGUUCAUCCACGUGCCAACCCCAUCCCCGCCUUUCGGGAAGCCCUCUGUGCAGAGCCCGCGGACGAGCUCCGGCCCGUGCGGGAUUCCCGGCCCCGCCGCUCUCGGGAUGAGCGCGCCCGGCGCGGGGGAAACCCCGCUGCUGCUCUAUAAGGGCUGUGCCCGCUGGGCACCGGCGCAGCGCCAUGGAGCGGGGCGGGAACGGCACCGGGAGAGCCGCGAGCAGCGCCGGGAGCACCGGGAGCGGCACCGGGAGCGGCACCGGGAGCGGCACCGGGAGCGGCACCGGGAGCGGGCGGGCAGCGCUGCCUGGCGGCCGCGGCCGGGCGCUGCUGGGGCUGGGGCUGCUGCUGCUGCUGCUGCUGCUGCCCCCGGCGCGGGCACUGCCCACCCCGGCCGGGCACUGCCAGCCGCCCGCCCAGCGCCUCAACCGCUCCCGGGAGCUGCUGCAAGCCGCCAACGCCGCCCCGCUGCGGCUGAAGGAAUCCAACAGCCUGGGAUUUGAGUGCACCCUUGAGGAGGUGGAUCUGCAGGACAUCACUGAGAACCACAUGAACACCCUCAGAGCCUGCACAGCUGAGGAGCCAGGGCCUGGAAAUUGCCCAACCCUGGAAAAAUCAACUUUGGAUGAGGGAAAAUGCCUGCAGGGCAUCUCUGAGGACGUGAGAGCCUACAGGGCCCAGCUGAGGACCCUGCCCGACCCCCAGCUGCUGGCAGCUCUCGAUGGGAUGAUGGAGGCCCUGGGCAGCAGCACCGGGCGGGUUCCGGAGGCGCCGCUGGGAUCGCCGGGAUCAUCGGGAUUGGGAUCAUCGGCAUCAGGAUCGUUGGGAUCAUCGGGAUUGGGAUCGUUGGGAUUGGGAUCAUCGGCAUCAUCGGCAUCGGGAUCGUUGGGAUUGGGAUCAUUGGGAUCGUUGGGAUUGGGAUCAGUGGGAUCAUCAGGAUUGGCAUCAGUGGGAUCAUCGGGAUUGGGAUCCCCGGGACGGGCGCCGUUCCCGGAGCGGCUGCGGCUCUGCGGGGUCCUGCAGGCUCUGCGCGUCCGCAGCGUCACCAUCUGCAGGGUGCUGAGCUUCCUCAGCUCCCCCUGACCCCGGGGGAACACCCACUGAGCACCCCGCGGAAUGCCCACGGAAGGGCUUGGAAUGGGAUGGGAGAUUUUGGGAUUUCCAUCCCAAAAAACCCCUUGGAUGCCUUUGGUGGCACCUCCAGCUUUUCCAGAGGCUGAGGAACAACUUCCAUCCUCCUCCUCCUCUUCCCAGGGAAUCAACAACUUCCCAACACUUCAUCCAGCUAAAACAAAAAUCAUUAAUUUAAGCCAUGUUGAAUUCCCGGGGUUUUGGGAUCUGAGCUGUGUCUGAGCACCAAAAUGUUCCUGACUCUGAUUUAUCCCGAUUUACUCUGCUGAUUCCUCAGGAACUGAGAGCUGUGUAUGGCAGUUCCUUUUCUUGGGGAUCCCCUCCAGCUCAGGACAUGCUAUUCCAUGAGUUAUUUGGGAUGAUAUUCCAUUCUGUUCCCUAAUUUAUUUAUUUGGGAUGAUAUUCCAUUCUGUUCCCUAAUUUAUUUAUUUGGGAUGACAUUCCAUUCUGUUCCCUGAUUUAUGACGAUAUUCCUUGAUUAGAGAUUCCAUUCUAUUUCAUGAUUUAUGAUAUUCCUUAAUUUAUGAUGAUAUUCCAUUCUCUUCCAAUUUAUGAUGAUAUUCCUAGAUUUAUUUAUGAUUAUAUACCCUGAUUUAUUUAUGAUGAUAUUCCUUGAUUUGAGAUUCCACUCUAUUUCAUUAUUUAUGAUGACAUUCCCUGAUUUAUUUAUGAUUAUAAUCCCUGAUUUAUUUAUGAUGAUAUUCCUUCAUUAUGAUGAUAUUCCCUUCUAUUCUUUGAUUUAUUUAUGAUGACAUUCCUGGAUUUAUUUAUGAUAUUCCAUUCUAUUCACUGACUUAUUUAUGAUGAUAUUCCAUUCUAGCCCAUGACUUAUUUAUGA